GAUCACCCUAUUUCCAUGCCCGAACCUGCUGCCCCCGUUAUACCUGACGCACAGCGUGCGGCUAACUCGUCAUCUCGCCCAAGAUUUACCGACUUCUACCAACCAGCUGAUCACCCUAUUUCCAUGCCCGAACCUGCUGCCCCCGUUAUACCUGACGCACAGCGUGCGGCUAACUCGUCAUCUCGCCCAAGAUUCACCGACUUCUACCAGCCAGCUGAUCACCCUAUUUCCAUGCCCGAGCCUUAUUUGAGUGAUGUACCAUUUAGACCACCAACUGUCCCUCCCAUACGAAUGGCAACGCGGAGAAAUCCCCUUCCCUCUCCACCUAGAGACAUAUGGGACACUACCCCAUAUCGUCAAGUUCUACAGGAACUCCCAAAGGACAUAACCCUCUCCUUGAACGUCGAACACAUGGCAGAAAUGGAAGACAUGUUGGCUCAACCAGCAGGUCCGAUGUCGCGUCUAGGAAACCUAUUUGGCUCUAGUAGUAAGCGCAAGGGUAAAUCGCGAAAGGGACUCUUUCGCGCUUUCAGCACAUCGGGGAGCGAUAGCGAACCUGGCGGUCGACAUCAUCGUUCCAAUACCGUGACAUCAUUCGUUAUACCACCAGCUGCAGCCGUGCCCUAUGGGAUAAACACAUACACUGGAAGUGGAACCCCACUGCGAGCUAUGCCAGUUCCCGAUGGCGGACCACCCGUCAAGUUUGACCAUACAGGUGAACUAUCUGGAUUUGUAAAUCACUCAGAACACCGAGUGCUGUACAAAAACAAAAUGUACCCAACUGCGAUGCACCUCCUUGAGGCGAUGAAGUUUACGGAACAUCCCGACCUUCAGGAGCGUAUCCGAAAGUGCACCGAUGUCGGUGACAUGUACCCGUUGUCAGCUAGUUUUCAGGAUCACGUGCGACCAGAUUGGGGUCAGGUAUUCUUGAAGAUUAUGGAAGAGGUGUUGUAUCUCAAAUUCAAACAACAUCCUAGCCUUCGGACCUUGCUUUUGCGCACGGGCCUUGCUGAUUUGGUGUAUGCCGAUGCCAAUGAUGCGUACUGGGGUCAUGGCCCUUUAGGUGACGGUGCUAACGAACUCGGAAAGGCCUUGAUGCGCGUACGGGAUAGACUUUAUGCGGAAGAGAGAAGAUAGUAGCCUCCCCUUAACCGACUCGUAAGAAGAUUCCCACUACGGCAGUAGUGGGUUUUGUAGGGCCAUGGUCGUUUUAACCUCAUAUCAUACGUACUAGUAAUGUUACCACAUGUGUUUGCGCUUGCUGCAUGCUGUACUCGGGUCGUUAUCUUCGCUCUUGGCUUUUUAUCUUAUGGUACUGAUGGGAGACAACCUUGAGGGUUAUAAUACAU